CAUUCACAACAGACACAGAGACACACUCACAGUUUGGCUUUAGUGUCCGGGAGUGUGAAGAUCAGGGAAGAUCAAACUACCUACUAUAGGUUGACCCCUGAGCCUCCGUGUCUCCCCUUGAAGGAUACAGGUUGCACACCGGGGAUACCAUCACAGUACUCCUGCCAACCUUGCCAAAGCCACAAUGUCACAAUUCUGUUCAAUGCCAGCUGGAGAGAGGAAGAAGUGUGCAGCAGCUAUUUGCCGAGAGGUCCAUGGUACCAAUGGGGACGAAAUGGAUCUCGGAAAGAAGCUCAGCACUCCUAAAGACAUUAUGUUGGAGGAGUUAUCAUUGCUUUCCAACAGAGGUUCCCGGCUUUUCAAAAUGCGCCAGAGGAGAUCUGAAAAAUAUACAUUUGAAAGUAUCCAAAACGAGGCAAACGCACUGCUAAACAGUGGCAUUUUAACUGACGGUACACACACUGUGGAAAUUAAAGUGGAUCCACCGGCUGAUAAUCAAGAAAACACUGUUUCAGACAGUGCUGCAGAGAAGUUAAAUGCCUCAGCUAUGCCCAAGUCCUACCACUCCCCGUGGGAGCAGGCGAUUCUCAGUGAUCCAGACCUCGCUGAAAGCCUCAAACUGAGAAUGCCAGGACCAGACCCACGACCAGAUCUUCCAGAGUACAAAUGCUUUAACCGGGUGGCCACUCCUUUUGGUGGCUUUGACAAAGCUCCCAGAGGAAUCACAUUCAAGCUCCCUGAGGUGGACCUGAAUCCACCCAGUUACCCAGAGCUGCAGGAGCCAGGGAUGAAGAGGCCCACCUUCAACAGGACAGCCCAGGGAUGGAUAUCUGACGGCACCCAUCUGAUCCUACCCAAUGUUACCAUGGAGCCCGUCAAAGUCCCAGAGUCUGAUGACCUGUAGAUGUUCUUACUGUAUGUAAUCUGGCAACAUGUUGCUGGCUGUAGUAUGUUGGCCUCUCCUGUGAUGACGGAAAAACAGUCAGUUAGCAGCUCAGUCACAGUUCCUUCCCAAUAUUUUCCCAAAUGGACACAACAAUAUUUCAUGCAUUUGUUGACGAGUGUUUAAAAAAAAUGUAUUCAGAGAAAAUCAUGUAAAUAGCAAAAAUGAAUGUGCCAUACAUAAUUCAAGAAGUCAAAGAGUCUCCACAAAACUGUAACUUUUAUAAAUGGACAAAUGAAUUGAUGAAUAUGUAAUGUAAAUAAAGAAUGAAUCUUAUUUAUUGAUGGCACACAACUGGAACAUGCAAUGAGUUAUAUUGAGUUAUAACUGGUGAGCAGCAUUUCGAUUCUAUCACUGUAAAGAAUUAUAACACAGAGAAAUAAAGUGAUGAUGUUCA